AUGAGCAUGGAACCAUCGUCAUGGGUGGUACCUUGCGACUCGGGUUGGUCCUUGGAAGAAGCAGCUGAGUGGAGUAGUGAUCGUAGGAUUAGCUUCCAAAAAUCCUUGCCUAGCCAUAGUGAAAGCGUAAUGCAGCUGCAGGUGGUUGAGUAUGCAGCCCCAUCCACAGCCACAACCACACACGAUAAUGACUGCAGUUAUCCGAUCCAGGUGUUCGAGGAAGCGGUGCAACCGUUCCGUGCUGACUACUUGGACAGUAUGGAACGGAAGAUGCACAAGUUCCCUCCAAGCCUGAUAGAUGUGAACGACACACGGUACAACGCCCCGGUGACGGUGGCCAUCGGCCCUUACCACCAUGCUCGUCAUCCCGGCGUGCUCGAGGCGGAGAGGUUGAAGCAUGUGGCUGCCACCCAGUGCAUGAGGGACUCGAGCUGCUCAGUACAGGAGAUGUACAAUGGGGUCUCCUCCGUAUCCGGCAUCGCCCGCAGCCUCUACCACCAAGAUGAGGUGGCGGGUAUCGGCGACAACGACUUCUUGCCGAUGAUGUUCUUUGACGCUUGCUUCUUGGUGCAGUUCAUGCGUUGGUAUCAUGUCGUCGAUGACGACAUGGAUCAGGUGCUGGUCAGCUAUUUCUACGCCAACUUCGAGCGCAUCUCCACUGACAUCAUGAUGCUUGAGAAUCAGAUCCCUUGGGUGGUGGUUGAAACCGUCUUCAGCUUUAUGCCGCCAGCGUCAUCGCCCUGGCCCUGGGAGAAGUUCGUCGUUGCGAUGAGAAGCGGACUGAAAAACCGAGUGGGUUCUGGCGUCGUCCAAGACAUCGUGGUAGAUCCUAACUACCAACCACCACAUCUCCUCGGCCUAGUCCGGUUCUACAUCGUGGGGAACAACAAGUCCGACAAACACCUCGAGCUCCCCAAAAACAAGCCUAUGUCAUUAUCUAUCAGCAUAGCCGAGCUUGCCGACAUCGGUAUCACGCUGGUACCCAAGGAAAUGGAAGCAGGGCUAGUGGACAUGGGCCUCAACACCAAAUCCUGGUGCUUCUUCGAGAUUGGCGAUCUGGUCGUGCCGCCCCUGUUCCUGACCGAGGCAAAUGCGACCUGGCUCGUCAACAUGGCGGCCUUCGAGUUAUGCAAGACCCCAAAUUUCGAAGCUGCUGGGGUUCAAGAUGAAGAUUCCGCUGUCUGCUCCUACCUCCACCUCUUCGCCAUGCUGCUGGACCAGAAGAAGCACGUGCGCGACCUGCAAGAAAACCAUGUCAUCGAAGGAGGAGGACUCACCAGCGAGGAGGCGCUCCAAUUCUUCACUUGCAUUGGCAAGAACAUGCGCCUCGGAUUGUUCUACCUCGACAUAAUAAUCAAGAUCGAAAACUUCAAGCGCAACAGGUCAUUUUUGCUCAGGUCGUACCUCUUCAUUAUGAAGAACAUGAACAAAAUCAUUGCCGUUAUCUCGAUCAUUGGUGCAGUUGUCGGCAUCUUGUCUUCGCUGCAAGCUCUCAAGCCAGCAGCCUAA